AAGAAUCUGCCAGCUGGAACGUAAAUUCACCGUGCUUCCAAAGUGAAAGCGAGAACACUGACAUCAGAAAACGAGGACACUGUCCUGUUUAAGCGGUGCCUCCAGAUUAGGGAAGGUUUUCAUCCGGGCAGGAUGUGUGCAAGGUCAACGACGGGCUCGGGAGGCCGUCUCUGAUUUAGACGUGGUUUUGGUGGUGGACCAGAGGAUUCGCUCACCUAGUGGGACACUUGGCAGUGCAAAUGCAGGCAGGGGACAUUGGCCGGUUCCCUUUCUUGCUGUGAACUGUGCACGGAACCAUGUCCGCGUCGAUCGUCGUCGUCGAGCGCUUGUGCUGCAGGCUUUGGACGUGGUCUUCGACGGCCCUGGCUGUCCGAUCGACCGAGAAGAGUUGCGGUAUGGAAAUUUGUGGUUGAGGUGGGUGGUUUAGUUUGAUCGAUUAGAUUAGAUGUUUGCAAAACUGGUCAUCGAGUUUGAUGGAAGAUCGGGCACGAAGGAGUGUUUUCUGUAUUCAGGUCAGAUGAGUACUCUUAAGAGUGUACAGUUUUUUGCAGGGAGAAAUUCGAAUCCUCAUCAUUCUGAUUCUCCUCAUUGUAGUCUAUUCGAGUGAUUUCGUGCUUCCAAACCUUCCUGUUCCAUACAGCUCCAAUCGGUGGUAUUAAUAUUGAAGAAUUUCCUUUUUUUGUCGGAAGACUCUGCUCUUGAGUCUAGAAUUGAGAUUUCUCGGGAAUUGGAGUGCAUGCAUAAUCUGCUGAAGAUUUUCUGCCAUCUUUUUGAAUAAGAGCUACUUUUUAUUUGCAAUGUUUUUUUUGGUGGAUGUGUUGAGUGUGGAUGGUAUGAUAAUUUGCCUUUUGUAAUUCAUGAAACCCUGACAGACAGCCUUGCUGUCUUUGGUCAACAAAUCUUUUGACUUAGAACUUUUCCAACAAUGAAUGAAUGAUUAGCUAGCAAUAUUCUUUGCCAUUGAAUUUGUCUUAAGAAAGGUUGGAAUUUUUCAUCUGGCUGGGACGGACUCAAUGAAACCUCGACAUGGAGCAAGAGCAGGCUACUCCGCAUCCUCGCUACCAUACCGAUUUGAACAAGUGCUUAUAAUUCAAAUGAGAGGACUGUCCCGCUUAUCCAUGUAGACUUUUGUAUGGAUAAAGUCGAGAUUCACAGAAAAAAACAAGAAACUAAGAGCAGCUGUUGGGAAAGUGAAAAGAGUACAGUGUUACAUUACAGGAAAUUCUGAAAUCAUCUGCCCUGGAAUGCAUAAUUAUAUGGGACAACAUUGAGCUCACAUGACAGGUUUUGGAUGAUGAUUUCAUGGGAUGAAUUAUACCUUCUGCUGCAAGUUUGUGUGGUGCAACUCUCACACCGAAAAGGAGGAGUAGCACGACAUUUGAAACUGAAUUACUGUUGGAAGAACAAGAGCAGGAGUGCAGUAACGUACCUUGCUGGUCGAAAGUUGAAAAGGUUUGCUUUGGAAGUGGUAAACAUGGGGGAAACGUUCGAAAGAAUACCACUGGAAGCUGAAGGAGAAAAUUAUGGGGAAGACCCCUCAAGUCCAGGAAAACUACGUAAAGUGAUACCUCUUCAAAACUUUUUAAAAAAUUCAGAGGGCAGCGGCAACCUGGAAGUAGUGAUGGAGCAGGAGCUUUACCUGGAAAAGUUUGGCUAUGUGAACGUGGUUCUAGUUCGAGAUUGUCUCUCUUGGCAAUUGGUAGAUUCAGAUGACUUGUUCGUUAGAUUGGAACCUCUUGCUGGGGUGGACGGAAGGACUUGGAGAAAAGUCGAGACCAAGUUCUCGUGUCCGAAAUCUUCGCCGUGGAAUAUUCUGGUUUGAGCAAUCCUGCAUCCAUAGGAAUGUGUGGGCCAUUUACGAAUCCUCUCCCUCAGAUGCAUCGUUUCGCAGUUCAUACUUUUCUCAGGGCGCAGUCCAACAAAUGUAAUUGGACUCCAAAGGUGCAUACAUUUUGUCAUGCUAGUGCCGAGAUAUGUCAGUCUUGGGUGGAUCGCAUCCAAGGGCUUAUUGACCGCGACCUUUCUCGACCGAAGAACUUGCUGGUAUUAAUCAAUCCUUAUGGUGGGAAAAAAGCUGGAGUUAGACAGUGGGAAACUGUUGCUCCUCUUUUCCAUAAAGCGGGAGUGAAGACGAAGGUGCUUUUGACUGAGAGAGCACAACAUGCUUAUGACUUGAUGGCACAGUCAACAGAAGAAGAAUUAAAGAAUUUGGACGGAGUCAUCGUUGUGGGUGGAGAUGGUUUGUUCAAUGAAGUUCUGAAUGGACUUGUGAUGCACCGGCACAAGGGUCAUCCUGCACCAAACCCGGAACGGGUACUUGAUUUGAUGGCCAAAAGAUGGAAAACAAAGAAAAGAAAUAAUUCCUCAAGUCAUUUACCAUCCGAGGAGGGUCUUCGAGCACUGUCGAAUAUGGAAAGGAAGAACGACCAAUCAUCUGGCCCUUCAUUUGAUGUCCAUUCUCCACUUCUCACCGAUUCUCCGUUGGAAUCUAGAGCAGUCAAUUCUACAUUUCUGCCUGCAGCAAGUAAAGACGUAGUUGGUUCUGCAAGUACACGAGAUCCUGGGAAGUUGCAGUACAGUGGUAGUAAUCGACAUAAAACGAAUGCCCCUCUUCGAAUAGGGAUCAUUCCAGCGGGAUCGACGGACACAGUUGCUAUAAGCACUACCGGUAGUCGCGAUCCUGUCACUGCAGCCCUACAUGUACUUCUUGGAGACAGCAUGCCGCUAGACAUCGUCAAAAUUACAGGAUGGAAGAAAACUCCCCAGUCUGUGGAUGAGCCUCCUCGAGUUCGAUAUGCAGCUUCAUUUGCUGGUUAUGGAUUUUAUGGAGAUGUAAUGAGAGAAAGUGAAAAUGCUCGGUGGCUGGGUCCUGCACGAUAUGAUAUUGCUGGAGUGAAGGUGUUUCUGAAACACAAAACAUACCAGGCAGAAGUUUCAUAUUUGGACAUCCCACAAAUUCCUGCAGGCUUGAAGAAUUUAACACCUCGUAAUGGGUCAUCUGAAAACUCAAAGCUUACUGAUCGAGCGCACAGAGUUAUUUGUCGUGUAAACUGUGGAAUUUGUGCCCAAGGAAUGGACUUGAACCAUCUUGUUGAUAGCGAUAGUGAAGAAGAGGAACUUGAAGAAGCUUCCGCAGAGUUGCAGGCAACAAAACCUAGAUGGAGAAGUUUACGUGGCUCUUUCCACAGCGUUGGGGGUGCAGUGAUGUCUUGCCGGAACGAUAAAGCGCCAGAUGGAUUAGCGGCACAUGCCCACCUUGCUGAUGGAUUGCUUCAUCUGAUUCUGAUUCGUAAAUGUUCAAGGCCAUCAUACUUAAGGCAGCUCAUUUCUUUAACUAGAAGAGGAGCAGACCCAUUCAAUUUUGACUUCGUUGAACAUUACAAAACUCCCGUAUUCACUUUCACAUCUGUUGGUGAAGAAAGCAUAUGGAAUAUUGAUGGAGAGCUUUUUCCAGCACAUCAGCUAACAGCCCAAGUCGCUAGAGGUUUGGUCAAUAUUUAUGCUCGCGGGCCAGAAGAUUGAGAACUCAUUCUUUUAUAAAAACAUCACUUUUAGAUUAGAGGUAUCCUUAGUUUCUUUAGUCAUAAAUCAAAGUACUCAUUCUCCUGAAGUCAAUGCUUCAGGGGACUGGUGUGAGGCUUGUGUAAGUAAGCAUCAAUAAAGUAAAACUUGUGUAUGAAGAUGAAGUUUAUACCAUACCGGUUGUAUUGCGUGGUCGUUCUGGCAGUAGGAUGAGUUUGAGUACUAAUGGAUGAUAAGUUCACGGAAAGAAUGUUUUAUUUUUUUGACUUACCUACGAGGUUGUCUUGUCCUGUGAUCUAUGGAGGCUAAUCCUAAGAUGCCAGCUGAAGUAUUUGUCGACCUGUUGGAGCCUUCUAUCAUAUCAGUAGCAAACUAUUGACGAAUAACGUAAACAUGAUGUGUAGCGGAUACUGUUUACAUUCCUGCUUUUGUUUUCAUGUCAUGAUGAUUGCAAGGUGAUUGCGAGUCUUCAGUAGAGUAAAAUGUUCAACUUAGUACUAUCUGUAUCCCAAAAUACAAUGGCGAUGUAGAGGGUGGAUGUUAUAUCACCGUUUAAAUGAAUGAACUCGAAUAAACACGAAGUAGACAGAUUAAAGAUGACUAAUUCUAUGUUCAUAGAUUGAAAAUAGUGACCGUUUCGAACUACGAGUGAGCAAGUUGGAC